AAAGAAAAGAAAAAAGUAAACUUUUUCGAACUCAAAUAAUUUCUCCAAAUUGAGAUAAAAAUCAUGCUCGACUCCACCCAAAUGCUUGCGUUUAUUCUAGGUUUGCUUCUCCUUGCACUAACUAUGAAGCGUAAGGAGACGAAGAAAACCAUGUUAAUGACUAGCCACACGAGAAACCUCUCUCUCCCUCCCGGGCCGAAACCUUGGCCUCUAAUCGGAAACCUACCGGAAAUACUAGGGAGGAACAAACCGGUGUUCCGGUGGAUACAUUCUCUCAUGAAAGAACUCAACACCGAUAUUGCAUGUAUCCGUCUUGCGAAUACUCACGUGAUCCCCGUGACAUCUCCGAGAAUUGCGAGGGAGAUUCUGAAGAAGCAAGACUCCGUUUUCGCCACUAGACCGCUAACAAUGGGGACAGAGUACUGCAGCCGCGGGUACUUGACUGUUGCCGUGGAGCCACAAGGAGAGCAGUGGAAGAAGAUGAAGAGAGUGGUGGCAUCUCACGUGACGAGCAAGAAGAGCUUCCAGUUGACGCUCCAAAAGAGAACCGAAGAGGCUGAUAACUUCGUCCGGUACAUCAAUAACCGCAGCGUCAAAAACAGUGGUAAUGGUAAUGGUUUUGUGGUUAUUGAUUUAAGGCUUGUGGUGCGGCAAUACAGCGGAAAUGUAGCUCGGAAGAUGAUGUUUGGUAUAAGGCACUUUGGUAAAGGAAGUGAAGAUGGAUCGGGACCAGGGUUCGAAGAGAUUGAACAUGUGGAAUCUUUGUUUACGGUUUUAACCCAUCUUUACGCCUUUGCAUUGUCAGAUUAUGUCCCGUGGCUAAGGUUCUUGGACUUGGAAGGCCAUGAGAAGAUUGUGAGUGACGCAAUGAGAAAUAUAAGUAAGUAUAACGAUCCUUUUGUUGAUGAAAGACUCAUGCAAUGGCGAAAUGGGAAGAUGAAAGAGCCUCAAGAUUUUCUUGACAUGUUUAUAAUGGCUAAAGACACUGACGGGAAGCCUACUCUGUCGGACGAAGAGAUCAAAGCACAAGUGACGGAGCUAAUGUUGGCGACGGUGGAUAAUCCGUCUAAUGCGGCGGAGUGGGCUAUGGCGGAGAUGAUUAACGAGCCGAGCAUCAUGCAAAAAGCCGUGGAGGAGAUCGAUAGGGUAGUUGGAAAAGACCGCCUUGUCCUUGAGUCCGACCUCCCAAAUCUCAACUACGUGAAGGCUUGUGUGAAAGAGGCAUUCCGGUUACACCCUGUGGCACCGUUCAACCUCCCUCACAUGUCCACCGCUGACGCUGUGGUAGACGGUUACUUCAUCCCCAAGGGAAGCCACGUGCUGAUUAGUCGUAUGGGGAUCGGGAGAAACCCUAGCGUGUGGGACAAGCCUCUUAAGUUCGAUCCGGAGAGACAUUUGUUCAAUAACUUAGGCGUGGAUCCAAACGAGCCUGAUCUCAAUAUAAUAUCGUUCAGUGCAGGACGAAGAGGGUGUAUGGGUGUGGACAUUGGGUCAGCCAUGACGUACAUGUUGUUGGCUCGGUUGAUUCAAGGGUUCACGUGGUCACCAGUGCCCGGUCAGAGUAAAAUUGAUAUUUCAGAAAACAAGAAUGAUCUUUUUAUGGCAAAACCAUUACACGCGGUUGCAACACCUCGUCUGGCUCCACAUGUGUAUCCAGCCUAAUUGAGAGAGAGAUUACUAGAAAAAAUGCACUAUUAUUCA